AUGAAAUACUUUUGUAUAAUUAUUUUUAUCGUGUUUGGGGAAUGUCAGUCAUUGGUUAUCAAUAAAACCGAACCUAUUUUUGCACCUAAAUUUAAUUCAACCACAAAACAGAAAGUAUGGAAUAUCAAACUAGAUAUUUAUUUUACAAAACCUCUUCCAACAAUUAUUAAAAAAGCACCUAACAGUGAUGUCCGACUUAAAUGUGAAGCUAUGAUGAAUUUUACCAAAGUAGAGAAGUAUACUAAAAAUGAAGAAGGUGUAGAGACAUCUUUGAAAGAAUUUCCUCCAGAUUACAUACAACAGACCUUAAUGAAAAAUGUUAAAGUGUAUUGGUUAAAAGAUAAUAGUAUUCUAUUGAAUUCUACAAAAAUAAGGGUUACAACAAAAGAAGAUAGAAGUAACGGUACUAUCGGUGCAUUUCUUAAAAUAAAAGAUAUAAAUAAAUCUGAUGAAGGAAAUUAUACUUGUGUGAUUAAACAAAAUUAUGAGAAAAAGAUGACAACAAGACUCGUAAUAGAUGUUUCAAAUAAGAUUAAUGACUUGGAAAUGUCUUACACAUCUAUGUUCCCCGAGGGUGAUAAUGAAAUGUUUAUGAAUAUAAAAACAACUCCCAAUCUUAUAUCUGAAGGUAUGACAGUACAGAAAACUAGCGAUGGGCACCAUAAUGAGACGGUUAACCAAAAGUUGGAACCAAUAUGUCAGGAAUAUAUAGGCCAAGUUUGCAGUUCACAUCUUAAAGGUCAUUUUGUAUACAUUCCAUAUGACACCUCUCAGGCAGCCCUAGAAGACAAACUCAUGAAAGCCUUCCAAGUUACCAAGUAUUCAAAUGAUAUUAGCUCUCAUUGUGAACAAUAUGCCCUGCCGAGUCUCUGCUACUCAACAUUUCCUAUAUGCAGGAAUCCACAUGCAACAAAUGAAUACUUUUUUAAACAAGCAAAAGAAAUAUUAGAUACAUAUUCUGGAAUUAAUAAUGUUGAUGAAAGGCAAAUCCCGAAAACAAUAUUUGAGAACCUGCACCAAGGAUUACAAUUACAAUUAAAGGAAAACAAAAAUAUCACAUUGGAUUUGUUGAAUUUUCGCUACAACUCCACAGUAUUGAGGCGUGUUUGCAAACAGGAUUGUGAAAUAUUAGAAAACGAACUUUGUCAGACUGAAUAUGCUAUUGCUAAACGACAUCCUCAUAUUGGCCAGCAGUUGACUUUAGAGGAAUGUCAAGAUUUACCUGAAGAUGACAUGGAUUGUCUCAAGAUUGGUAUAGGAACCUUAAUAGUUUCAGAUGAUGAAUGCUAUUGGGAAGAUGGAAGUGGUUAUCUUGGUAGGGUUAAUAUAGCAAGCAAUGGACGACCAUGCAUUGAAUGGUCAAAACAGUUGUAUUUGAAAGUUUCCGAUUAUCCUGAACUUGCAGGAAGACACAGUUAUUGUAGGAAUCCUGGCGGAGUAAAGUCUCAGCCCUGGUGCUUUGUAGAUCAUGAUGGAAAAACUGAUCAACUCUGUGAUAUACCUAAAUGUGCUCACAAAAUUUGGAUAUACAUUGUUUUGACAUUCUUAAUACUAACUUUUUUGAUAGCUUGUUUCUUAACCUGUCUUUUCUUUAAACAUAUAAAAAAAGGAAAUGCUGCUACAAUUCGAGACAUUAAUCUUCCUAGUGCUGAUAAAAAUAUUUAUGGUAAUUCAAGACUCAAUUCACCCAUAGAAAUGAAUGAAUUAUUAACUAAUCAAAAUAGUGGAAGUCAGCCUCAUUUGACCAGCAAUACAAGGGGAAAUGGUGUUCUUCGUAUACCACAAUACUCUUUGUCCCAAAUAAAAUUUUUGGAAGAACUAGGUGAAGGUGCAUUUGGAAAAGUUUACAAAGGAGCACUAAAGAAGAACGGUGAAACUCAAUAUGUAGCAGUGAAAGCAUUGAAAGAGAAUGCAUCCGCUAAAACUAAGGCUGAUUUUAGAAGAGAAAUAGAUUUGAUAUCAGAAUUAACCCAUGACAAUAUUGUUUGUAUUGUAGGUGUUGCUCUUAGGGAAGAGCCACUUUGUAUGUUAUUUGAAUUCAUGGCGCGUGGGGACUUACAUGAAUUUCUAAUGGGACGAGCUCCUCCGUCCGGUAAAGGUUUACCUUCCAUGAGAUUGUUAAACAUUGCCCAUAACAUUGCAUCUGGUAUGCAAUAUCUUGCCUCUCACCAUUAUGUUCACAGAGAUUUGGCUGCAAGAAACUGUCUUGUGUCUGAUGAUUUUGUAGUAAAGAUAUCAGAUUUUGGACUCUCAAGGGACAUUUAUAGUUCUGAUUAUUAUAGAGUACAAUCUAAAAGUCUAUUACCAGUCAGAUGGAUGCCACCAGAAUCAAUUCUCUAUGGGAAAUUCACUACUGAAAGUGAUAUCUGGUCUUAUGGUGUUGUGCUAUGGGAGAUUUAUAGUUAUGGAUUGCAACCAUACUAUGGGUAUAGUAAUCAGGAGGUAAUAUCGAUGGUUCGUGGUGGUGAGCUGCUGGCGCCGCCGGCCGCCUGUCCAGCACCGCUGUACAGCCUCAUGAGGGACUGUUGGAGACACGCGCCGCAACGAAGACCUGCCUUCGAGGAUAUUGUUACCAGGAUAGGAGAUUGGAUACAAAUGGGCGGUUGUCCUGAAACUGCGCCAUCUGAGUCGGGGAGCAGCUGCGGUCAUCGACCCACGACCUCCACAAAGGAUCUGCAGGAGAGAGUUCCACUAUUACCACCGCACUGCUCUACAUCCAAUGGCUCACUGGCUACCAGUAGCUUAAAAAAAUUCAGUACAGCUGGCUCAAGCAGGGCUGCCGAUGAUAAUUUCUCUACAUGCAGUGAAGUGCCACCCCUGGCACCCAAAACAAAAAAAUAUAGCUCCGGUUCACUCAUAGAUACAGACAAAAUAGGAACCAAGGAGACGGUUGUUAGAAUACCCAACAAGAAUUGUGGUAAUGAUAUAUAG